UUGGUAGUGGUCAGAGGGUCUAAGAACAUCGUUACUGUGACGUGCAGCAGCAUAUUUGUGUACUGUUUGCAGGUCGCUCACUGGUUUUUAUUAUUAUAUCUUAGUCGCUCUGCCAUGUCAAUUUCGACGAUCAGGCGACAAGUGAAAAAUGUCGCCUACAAUUUUUCGGAUGCGCAAGUAAAGGUUCGCGAAGCCACCAGCAAUGAUCCAUGGGGUCCGUCCACGGCACUGAUGUCCGAAAUUGCCGAUCUGACGCAUAACCCGAUGUCGUUCACGGAAAUUAUGUCGAUGUUGUGGAAGCGACUGAAUGAUCACGGCAAGAAUUGGAGGCACGUCUAUAAAAGCCUCGUUCUUCUGGACUAUCUCAUAAAGUGUGGCAGCGAGAAGGUGGCGCAGCAGUGUCGAGAAAAUAUCUAUUCGAUUGAAACACUCAAAGAUUUCCAGCACAUUGAGGAUAAUAGAGAUCAGGGCAUGAAUCACAUUGAGGAUAAUAGAGAUCAGGGCAUGAAUGUACGCGAAAAAGCCAAACAAAUGGUCAGCUUACUGUAUGACGAGGAACGGUUGAAAAAUGAGCGGACGAAAUUCAUGAUGACUAGGAAAAAGUUCAUGUCCGGCUCCGGCAUCUCUUCGGAUGGUGCCGUUCGGCAUAUGCGAAAAAAUGACACUGGACCCGCGUUUGAGUCGGAGCUAGAGGACGCACGACCGGCGAGUGCCGGCGAGGAGGAAAUGCAACUACAGAUUGCGCUGGCUCUGUCGCGUGAAGAAAGUGAAAAAGAGGAGGAAUUGCGGAAAAGGGAUGACAUCGGCUUGCAGAUGGCACUAAAUGAGAGCCGCCGCGAAAUCGAGCGCAUGAAUUCGAUGGAUGUUGCGCAGCAGCACACAGUUCCGAGUUCGACGCUCUCGCAGAGCGCAAUCGACGACCUUCUCUCGCUGGGAGUGGGACAGCCAGUUGAUCCGGCCGCGAACAGAUCGUCGCUUUAUCCGAGUAUCCAGAGCGGCUCUAUGAAGGAUGAUCCGUGGACAGUAGCACCUCCAGCAGCUGCUGCUUCCGUUACGCCUGCGAAAUCCAACAGUGACCCAUGGUCGCCGAUGCCGUUACCUGUUAUUGGUGAAGCACCGGCUGCUGCUGCUGCCUCUGCCGAUGAAAGCAGCAAACAGAGAAAUAACACGAAAACACCGGAGAGUUUUCUGGGUGAAAACUCCUCACUGGUAAAUCUGGACAAUCUGCUUGGAACAACAAACAGUGGCGUGAAACCAGCGAGCAACCCAUUCUUGUCGGGUAGCACUGGUCCGGCGGUGGCAACGAAUCCAUUCGUAGCGCAGCAGCGUCCCUCACCGUCACUCAAUGAAAUGAUGGGCCAGAAUCGUGUUGUGCUGCCUGGAGCAGGUGCGUCGUCGUCUGCUGCUGUUGUGCCGCCGGUGAUGCCGUCGCCGCUGGUGCCUGUUCCCGCAUCAUCGUCAUCGUCCACUCAGCAGCAGCCCACUACUACUAAUCCGUUCUGUUAG